CCGAAUCUUCUGCGUGUUCAAGAGGAAGGAACUUCAGUAAGGGAUGAGAUCACCGCAAAAAUGCAGCGCAAGAUAGUGCGAGCGAAAGAAGGAAGAUAUAGUGGUGGUGACUUCUUAAGUUGCAUCGAGCAAAUGGUCCUCUUUGAGAAGUACUGGAUUUCCGAGCUUGACCAUGCACCUCGUGUGCUUGUCCAUGGUGAUCUCUCGCCCAACAACAUCAUUGUAGAUGAGCACUACGAUGUUCAGGGUGUCAUCGACUUGGGUUGGGCAGAAAUGGUACCCCUCCAGUUCGCUGCAGCAUAUCCUCGCUUCCUUACCCACGAACCUCGACCAAGCACUCACAGCUCGAGCGCAUCCUUUAACUAUGCGACCACAAACACAGCUACCAUGCAACAAGACAGACUCGUAUUUCGCGAGUGCGUUCAAGCUAGAGCUUUGUCCGAAGGCGGCAUAUACCAGACCUACUACGAUCUUCUUAGCAGAAAAGAUGAAGUCAACAGAUACUGGUGGUUCAAAGCGAUUUCCGAAGCAGACAAGCACAAAGCAAUGAAAUCCUGCAACUGGGCUCCUGACAAAAGCACUCCAGCUUCGCCUCCAUAAGGGCAUCGUGACACACCCCUUUUUGCCACAGCAUGAAACGGAAUGACAGAGUAAAAG